AUGGCUUCUCAAAGCGUGCAAUGCUUCGGCAAGAAGAAGACCGCCACUGCUGUCGCUCACUGCAAGGCCGGCAAGGGCCUCGUUAAGGUCAACGGAAAGCCUCUUUCUCUCGUCGAGCCUCAGAUCCUCCGAUUCAAGGUGUACGAGCCCAUCCUAAUUCUCGGCAUUGACAAGUUCGCCGACGUUGACAUCCGUGUCCGCGUUUCCGGUGGUGGACACACUUCCCAGAUCUACGCCAUCCGUCAAGCCAUCGCUAAAUCCAUCAUCGCCUACUACCAGAAGUACGUCGACGAGCACUCGAAGAACCAGCUCAAGCAGGCGCUCGUCCAGUACGACCGCACACUGCUUGUUGCCGACAACAGGCGGUGCGAGCCCAAGAAGUUCGGCGGUCCCGGUGCGCGUGCGAGGUACCAGAAGUCGUACCGUUAA